GGACAACACAGCUGACAGAGCGGAGUACUGGGUUAGUGUCGGGUUCGUUAUCGUUUCACUUUCGGGUUGGAGUUCGCGUAUCGACCGGUCCAUAUUCACGCUCCAACGCUCCGCGAGCACGUCCUGCUUUAUGACUCCAACAGAAACACCGCCACCAUGCUGAACCCGUCCGGAGCGACACUUUGCCUUUGUUUGUGGACUGCGUUGGGGGCAACUGUGUUCUGGGGGACUUGUCUGUCGGCCAACGCCAAAGGCUUUGACGAGGAUGCGUUCACCAUCCAGCACUCGAGCACGGGGAUGUGUCUGGGUCAAGCAGCCUCGGCAAACCUGAGUCUCAUCCGCUGCGACCUGAAUGGCAAUUCCCAGCUGUGGAAGUGGGGCUUGGGUCACCGGCUCUUCCAUGUGGCCACGUCCCUCUGCUUGGCGUUGGACGUCCGCACCAAGGCACUGUCCCUGGUCGACUGUGGCUCCAACAUCCAGCUGUGGUGGCGCUGCAAGGACAAAGCCGUUUUCACCAUUUAUCAAAUGGGCCUGGCGGUCAGCGACGGAAAAGUGGACGCCAAGCGGGACGCUAAUGACUCGUGGGUAAGGGGAGCGUCCCAAGACAACAUCUGCCGGCGGCUGUACCAUGUCGUCCACACCAACGGUGGGAACUCUGCCGGCACUCCCUGCGUGUUCCCCUUCAAAAACAACGGCAGCUGGCAUCACGGAUGCCUCCCAGAUGAAGAUAUCCAUGGGCUGUCCUGGUGCGCCACCACAUCGAACUACGACCUGGACAGGAAAAUGGGAUACUGUCUGACACCUGAGGAGGGCUGUCGGACUCUGUUCGCCGGCCCGGAAGGGGAGUCCUGCUAUGAGUUUAUUUCCAGUGCCGCGGUGACUUGGCAGGAAGCUCUGGAUUCAUGUCGAAGUCAAGGAGCUGACCUGCUGAGUGUGUCUGAGCCCUCCGACCUCCACUCCAAAACCUUGUUGGACGGCCUUGACCGAAUGCCUGAGAGGAUGUGGAUCGGCCUUCACCAGUUGGACAGCUCUCAUGGCUGGCAGUGGUCCGAUGGUUCCCCUCUGUCAACGCUGCGCUGGGAAACAGGAAUGCCAUCUACCCCCAUCAUUUUUGAGUCGGACUGCGGAGUCCUGAACUCUAAUCAGCGCUAUGAAUCUGAGGCGUGCAACAUCCAGCUGCCAUACAUCUGCAAGAAGAGUGUCAACGCCUCUCACGAGGCGCCAGCAGAUUCUUUUGUAUAUAGCGAAACGCUGUGCGCAGACGGCUGGGUCCCGUGGAUCGGCUGGUGCUACAAGUUAGUGAAGGACGUGCCUCUCAACAUUUCUGAGGCCCAGAUGCACUGCAACCACACGGAGGGAGCAGGAGAAGGCGCUCUCGCCAGCUUCCACUCCCUUGACAGCAAAGAGAUGAUCAGCACUAGCUUCCAUGCAGACGGCAAGUGGUUGGACGUCUGGAUCGGUCUGAUUGGCAUUGGCAUGAACACCACUGUCUUCAAGUGGAUCGACCAGACACCGGUCACCUUCACCUACUGGGACCAAAACCAGCCGGUCCAGCCCGCUUUAGAUACCAGCUGUGUCUUCUACGCUGGAGAGCGUCAUGGUUGGCGGGUCGGCGACUGCACACAGAGGCUACCUUUCAUGUGCCAGAAGAAAGGAAAGGUCAAUGAAUCUGCAUCGCAGGCCGGAUGCCGCUUUGAGGACGGUUGGAGGAGACACGGCAACUCCUGUUAUCAAGUGAACACCAAUCAAGUGUCCUUCAAAGAUCGCUGCAACAUCACCAUAAGAAGCAGGUUUGAGCAGGCCUUCAUCAGUCGUCUGCUCCGAAAGCAGAUCAGCGUGGAGCCUCAGUAUUUUUGGAUCGGGCUGCAGGACAUUAAGAACAAAGGGGAGUACCAGUGGCUGAGCCAGGAUGGGACCCCGGGUGUGGUUCCAUACACCAACUGGGGCUGGUUGGAACCAGAACGGGAGGGAGGCUGUGCAGUGAUUUCUACCGCGAAACCCCUAGGCAAGUGGGAGGUGAAGAACUGCACCAUUUUUAAGGCUGGUACCAUUUGUAGAACAGACCUUAGUCCACCGCCACCCCCAGAACCAGAGCCGAACCCCAACACCACCUGUCCAGAUGGAUGGGUGUCCAGACCAUACAUCAAAUACUGCUACAAGGCGUUUCAUGCGGAAAGGCUGAGCAGGAAGCGCUCCUGGGAGGAAGCUGAGAGGUUCUGUCUGGCUCUGGGAGCCAACCUGCCCAGCUUCACAAGCAUCUAUGAGAUGAGUGCCCUGCACAGCAUCAUGAGAGACAGCAUCAGUGAUAAUCGGUACUUCUGGGUUGGCCUGAACAGAAGAAACCCAGCUGACCGCUCCUGGCUGUGGAGCAACGGCCAGCCUCUCUCCUUGGAUGUUUUGAACCGAGAUUUCCAUGCCGAUGAUGCUUACAGGCGGGACUGCACUGCAUUCAAGACAUCCAAGAGCACCUUGAAACACCUGUUUAUGACACCAUUCUACGCCACUCCCUUUCACUGUAACGCCAGACUAGAGUGGGUCUGCCAACUACCCCGCGGAAAGGCUCCAAAGAACCCAGACUGGUACAAUCCGGGUGGUCACCACGAGAGCUCUAUCUUCAUAGAUGGAGCAGAGUUUUGGUUCAUUAAGGAGCCGAAGCUAACCUUUGAGGAGGCGACACUCUUCUGCAGCAUGAACGACAGCCGGCUGGCGACACCAUUCAGCACGACGGCUGCCAGAAAGAUCCACCAGCACCUUAGUGGCAUGUCCAGUUCUCCCAAGCAAAGCUGGUGGGUGGAUUUGAGAGAGACUGGACGGUUAUACCCCAUGAUGCACGCCGAGAUGUACUUUUACCCUUCAGUCUUCCUGCGCAGAUGCACCUCCAUCAGUUCUGAAAACCCCUUUCCAGAGUACGAGCGCAGCUGCCGCCAGCAGUUGUCCUUUGUGUGUGAGCGACGCAACAUCACGUCGGUGGAGAUAAACCCUCUGGAGCCUCAGCCAGCAGGAUUGCCCUGUGAAAAUCAAUCUCUGUCCUUCAGAAAUAAGUGUUACAUAAUGAUGACGAGCAUGAAGCCUGUGUCAUUCAGCUAUGCCAAUGAAGAGUGCCAGUCGGUGAGGGGAACCCUGGUCACGAUAUCAGAUCAGGCAGAGCAAGACUUCAUCACCACCCUUUUGCCGAGAAUAAGAAACAAGGACAGCAUAUGGAUCGGUCUGAAAAUCAGGCACGGCACCCCGGAGUGGGUGGACCAGUCCUCAGAUAACUACGUCAACAUUAAUCCUCUGAUUCUGGGCAUGCACAAGGAUAUAAAAGUCAACACAUGGGAUCCGGACAGUCUGGAUUUGUGUAUGUUUUUGAUCAAUAACCCCAAUUCUGCCAUGCUGGGUACCUGGGACUAUUCUUCCUGCACAACAUAUCAAAAUAUGGCCUUUUGCCAGCACUAUGCAGAUAAACUCGAGGAGCCCCACAUCCCAACAGAGAGCUUCCCGGUCAACAACCACACCAUCCUGCUGCUGGACAGAAAUCUGACCUGGUUCGAGGCCCUCGAGCAGUGCAGGAGCAACAACAUGGACCUGGCCAGCGUGGCCGACACCUUCCUGCAGGCCACCCUGACCGUGCACGUGAGCCGCGCACGCAAGCCCAUGUGGAUCGGCCUCUUCAGCGAAGACGACGGGAUCCACUACCGCUGGACCGACCACAGUCACACCGUGUUCAGCCGCUGGUCUUCGGACGUCACCAGCGGCUCGUGCGUCUACCUGGACACCGACGGCUUCUGGAAAGCCACAGAGUGUGAGGAGGAGCUGGGAGGCGCCAUCUGCCACAAACUACAUGAUGAGACCAUCACCACACCAGAGGACGUUGCAGCCAAGUGCCCCCAUAAGAUGAACGGUCCAAACUGGAUCCCCUUCAAGAACAACUGCUACUCCUUCAAGCUGGUCCCCACCCGAUGGGACGAGUUGGACCAAGGACGGAUUCUGGACACCUGCAAGACACUACAUGCAAAUGCAGACAUCCUCACCAUCCGAAAUUCAGAGGAGAACGAGUUUAUUAAGCAGCAACUCGUCCCGUUUAAAAACCUGGUCCAAUUGGUCUGGCUGGGAAUGUUCACAGAUGACAACGAUAAACUGACGAAGUGGUAUGAUGGCACAAAUGUCCAAUAUUCCAACUGGGCGAAGGGCCGACCAGAUGUCAGCGGAGCGUUCAUGGCCGGCCUCGGCGUGAACGGGAAGUGGAUCCUCAUCUCCAACCCAAAGUAUUUUGCAGAGUUCAAACAAAUAAGCAUUGUGACCUGCAAACUGGACAACGAACCGAAACACGAGUACAACCUGUCGUCCUCGGACUUCCAACAUUACGGCAACUUGAGUUACGAGGUGGUGCCCCGAAAACUGAGCUGGCACCAGGCCCUGGUCGAGUGCGGCCAGGGUGGAGGCCACCUGGCAAGCGUCCACGACGUCCAGCACGGUGCACAUGUGAAGCUCAUUGCCAAGACGGACGGCUUCCCGCUCUGGAUUGGCCUCUCGAACCAGGAUGCGAGGGGCUCAGACUUUGAGUGGUCCGAUGGAACGAAAUUUGACUACAAGGCCACGAUCUCUGGCUCACGGGACGGCUCCAGCUCAGACGGACAGGAGGCCGGCUGUGUCUACAUUUCGCCUGCUGGAGCCUGGGUGAGGAGCAGCUGCAAUAAGCUGCUAGACGGAGCCAUCUGCUACACCACCACCAUCACCACCGCUUCCCAAAGAGCCAGACUCCAGGUGGCCCCGAAGGCCAAUCACUGCCCUCAGAGCAACGGUGUGUCCAAGUGGGUGCAGCAUCAGGAGCACUGCUACGCCUUCGACAUGAGCUUCUACAACUUCACCGUGUUCGGCAUGGAGCAGGCCAGGAACAUCUGUCAGAGCAUGGAUGCUCAGCUCCUGACCUUACGAACCAAAGAAGAGAACGACUUUGUGUCAAAGUACAUGUUCGAUAACCCUCUCAUCACCAGUCGAGUGUGGCUCGACAUGGAGGUCGAUACUGAAGGUAAACCCGUAUCCUGGCAGGAUGGUUCGGCUCUGGCUUACUCUAACUGGAAGUCUGAGUCUCUGGUAAAGACUGGGAAGACGUCUGACCCCCCCUGUGCCGUCAUGAUGGCCGGAGAGGAGGGAAUCUGGAAACUUGUCAGCUGCAGCUCCAGCUACAGCCGUGUGGUCUGCCAGACUGAAGCCAAGUCCGGAGGCAGCCCCGUGGCGCUGGGUCUCUUCAUCGUGGUGGUCCUCGCCCUCGUAGGAGCCAUCGGCUUCACCGUCUACAAGAAGAGGGGCGGCCGCUUCUCCUCUACCGUGCGCUACAAGAGGACCUUUGAUGACACGGACAGUAUUGUAACGGAAGCCUUAUGAGCUCGCUCACGCAGUCGGCCUCGGGGAGUAUCGAUGUGCCGCACGUGCAUUUUAGAACUUUUCAGCAGUAGCAGAAGCAGCCUUCACCUUUCUUAAAUUAUUUAUUUAAUGCUACCUAAGACUGCAGACUUUCUACAAUUGUGUUCGAGUUUCUUAGAUUUGGAUUAUUUUAGAUUUUUCUUCAGAGUUUAUUCGGAGUCCUGUGUUAUACCUAAUGUAAAUACUGGGACUGAUGCUCCGUGGUAAAUGUUGAUCAUUGAUUAUGACUGGGUUUUUAAAAAAAUUUUAAAUAAUAAUUUCAGUUGAUUUAAGUUGAAAUAGUCGAGCUGACACAACACUCCCUUUCAGCCUAAAAACGGGUUAAAUUACACUGUCGUAUAAGUGACUUCAAACUAUCAGAAACAAAACUGUGUGUGUGUGAGCGCAGUUAUGGGGCGUACUUUGGAAUAAAGCUGUAUCUAUAUAUAUAUAUAUAUAGAGCUUUCUUCCAAAGUGUGUGUACGUGAAUAUAUAUAUAUGUGUGUGUAUAUGUAUAUUUGUAUACAUAUAUAUGUGUGUGUAUUUAUAUAUAUGUGUGUGUAUAUAUAUGUAUGUAUGUCUGUAAAUAUAUAUAUAUAUAAUCUCUUUCUUCCAAAGUUCGCCCCAUAACUGUCCCAAAAGGAAGACGCGGCUCUGGUUUAAAUAUAUUGUGUGACAACAUGGCCGCUGAGUUGUUUACGUUUUAUUUUGGGACUCUUGACUGAGCUCCACUUUAAUUGCCUGAGCGACAGCCGAUGUUCCCAAACUUCUGCAAAUCACAUUAAAACUAUCUGGAGAUAUUUAGCGCUCUAGUCAAGAAAACACAUUUGCAUUAGUUGGACUACCCCUUUAAAUAAUAAUAAGAAAUAGUGAUUGAUGAAAGUCUCACUGACUGUGCCUUUUAACAUCAUUACUUAGUAGAAAUAGGAAGUUCAAGCCACUGGAUUUUGUUUCCGUGUAGUUGUUGAUCCACUCAACGUAUUAAUACCUCCUAAUGUGUUUUAGUUGUUAAUACAUAAAUAAUGCAAGAUAACAUAUUUUAGACCUGCUGCAUAAUUUUAAAAGUGUAAGACACUGUAUUAGCCACAUAUUUUUUUGUUUGUAUAAUUUUGUGUUGAUCCGACUUUCCUAUGCACUUAAACUACUGAGCAAGAACGCACUUUAAUAUGUCGUGGGGCUACAGUUCCGUCUAUAUUUAAGCACAAUGAGGUUUGGAGAGUGUUUAGAGACAUUUAAAUUGCACUGGCAUUGGCUGUGAAUGCUUUGUAAAUAUGUUUUAUAACUGAGAAUGAACCAAAGAUGCUCCGAGCUGUUUGUAAAAGCCUGAGCUUUCCUUUCACUUUGUCCAACUGCCUCAGUCGAGCUUGUUAACCCGUUCAUAUCAAAUUGUAAGCCAAAUGUUUGUGGGUUGUUUAUUGUUUCACCACCACUCCUCAGCCAAAUCAGGUACAGUUUCCUUACAAUAAAAUGUCCCGUCUUCAAAAUUCA